AUGCAGAAGGACGUUGUGGGCUUCCAUGAUGAGUCAAAUUCAAUAAUUACUAAACUCUUGAGAGGAUCAAAAAAAUUGCAAAUCGUGGCCAUUGUGGGUAUGCCUGGAUUAGGCAAAACUACUCUUGCUGAAAAAGUCUACAAUGAUCCUUCUAUAUUGCUUCAUUUCCCUGCUCGUGCGUUCACAACUGUUUCACAAGCAGUUGACAAAAAGAGAGUUUUCACUGACAUUUUAAAACAAGUUUCCCCCGAGAAGUAUAUUCAGCUCAGUUCUGAGUCGACUGCAGAUGAAGUAACAGAACAGGUGAGGCCAUAUCUCAUCGUUUUGGAUGAUUUAUGGGAAGCUGAGGCAUGUAAGUGCUUACAACAAUCAUUCCCUGAUGAUUUUUUGGGGAGUAGAAUUAUGUUUACAAGUCAUCAUCAUGAUGUUGCUCCCCGUGAUAUUUUGUUUGAGGGGAAACCACAUAAGCUUAGGCGACUUAAUGAAGAUGAGAGCCAGGAUUUAUUGCAAAGAAAGUUGUAUGGUGGAAACAUUACGCCCACUGGAUUAGGUGAUCUGAGGAGGCAGCUUGCUGAAAUAUGCAACGGUUUCUUCUUUCUUGGUCCGCGGUUUCCUUCUUCAUCCACCAAAACCCAGCCGCCUUGCGCAUCAUCAACUCUUCAGCACCUCACCAACUCCACGCAAUCCCUUGUCUCUAUCACCCUUGAAGCUACGUAA